AGAGCCUCACGAGCGCAGCGUUCCGAGCGACGUGGCGACUCAGAUUCCUCAUUUUAUAAAUCGUACAGUCCAGGGAUGAAGAGUCCACGCGCGCACAGAGCAGGGCUUUAAGUUUGCUGCAUCUGACGAGUGUCAGUGUGUUCGGUUGUGAGCGCUUUUUGGUGUCUGGAGCUACACAGCUGAUGCAGGUCUGAGAAGUGAAGCCGCUGGAUUUGCUACUGACUUGUACUCUUAAUGACUUUGGAGAGAGCAAGCAGGGUGUGUGUGUGUGUGUGUGUGUGUGUGUGUGUAUAUCUGCUGUACUUUGACUCUGUGAGCAGGUCCAUGGGUCACUGCAGUGUGAAGCUGUGAUUUCUAGUGUCAUGAUGUGGCAACGUGUGUUCACUCUGAGACACAGAACAGGAAUCUCUGCUGAACUUGUGACAGGUUACUGUGGCUGGCUUUAACACUGAGCUAAUAAUGGAGCCCAGAGGGCAGAACUGGAAUGAACAGUGGCCACAGAACCAGCGAUCAGAUCACAGAGUCAGAGAUGAGCAGUACAGGUCUCAUCACACAGGAAAACAAGGCCAUUACCCUCCUGCAGAUGUAAGGGACAGCGAGAGACGGUGGUAUGCAACAGAUCCGCGCUACAUGUACUACAUGAGUGGUCCUCCUGCAGAGUUUAGCACGGCAUACCGCAGCCAAACCUACACACCUGACCGAGCUCAAUCACACUCCAGGCAGGGAUAUGAUUAUCCUCCCCAGAGUUACUGGGACUACAGGAAUGACUACAGCUACUAUGAUCAUGGCUACUACAGAGGCCAUUAUGGAUACCCAGCAGCCUCAGAUACCAGUGGAAGGCCGGUGCAGGGAUGGAGGACAGAGGGGCAUCAGGAGUGGUCAGGAGCCACAUACACCCAUCAGCAUGGGUAUGAGCUCAGAAGAGACAGUGGACAGUAUGAAGGUGGUGUUCCUGUGAGAGAAUGCGUGGAAACCAGGAAUGAAGCCAGAGAGGUGUCUGAACCUGGAUGCUUAGAAAGUUCUAAAACCUCUGGCCUGUCAUCCAGCACCUACGAACUCAGCCAGUACAUCAAUGGAGACGAGCAGAGCAAUGCUCCACCUCCAGCUCACUCAGAAGCUGAGACCAAGUUAGUGGUUCCGCUGAAGUUCUCUGUUCCUCAUGUGGCUUUGAGCUUUGGACCUGCAGGGCAGCUGGUGAGAGUCACUCCAGCUUUGCCAUCUCAUGGAGAACCUGCUCAGGUGGAGUUCCACAGCCUAGAGGUUAUACUGAGUGACACACGUGAGCAGAAUGAUAUGAGAGGCUUUCCUGGACCACUGGCAAGGGAGGAUCUGCACAAGGUGGAUGUCAUUAACUUCGCCCUGCAGAUGGCUGAUGCUUGUCUGAAGGAUGAAACCACAUUCAAGCCUUCCUCUGCCUCCCUCCUGUGGCAUCUGCUGGUACUGCUGUGUAGACAGAAUGGGAGAAUCGUGGGUUCAGAUAUCGCAGAACUCCUGCUCCAAGGAAGCCGCUCUGUAGGAGCAUGUGAUGAAGAUGGCAAGCAGUCAGACGUGGGCAGCCUCAUUGAUCUGAACGAAACUCCCUCAUCAGAGAUGGAGAGCUUCAACACUUCGGAUUUCCUAACUGGAAACGUGCUCAGUAAUGAAGAAACUUCUGAACAAAGCAUCCAGAACUACACCAAACUCCUGCUGGCUGGAAGAAAGAAGGAAGCACUGGAGUCAGCAAUGCGCAGUGGCUUAUGGGGUCACGCUCUCUUUCUGGCCAGCAAGAUGGACAGUAGGGCCUACAACACUGUACUGAGCAGGUUUACAGGGAGUCUGUCUCCUAGUGAUCCACUCCAAACACUUUUCCAAUUACUUUCUGGGAGGAUUCCUGCUGUUGCCAUGUCCUAUAGCAAGGAGAAAUGGGGUGAUUGGAGGCCUCACCUUGCUGUUAUAUUAUCCAAUGAAACCGGAGAUUCUGCUCUGCACUACAAGUCCAUUGUUAACUUGGGUGACAUCCUAGCUUCCAGAGGCCUGCUACAUGCAGCUCACAUCUGCUACCUCACAGCACGCACACCCUUCGGCUGGUACACAAACAAAACACAGCAUCUGGUGCUACUGAGUAGCAGUCAUAGUGCUUCAUUUGCUGACUUCUGUCAUAAUUCAGCCAUUCGCUGCACUGAGGUGUUUGAAUACUGCCAGAGACUGGGAAACCCGUCCUUCAUCAUCCCUUCUUUUCUGGUGUAUAAGUUCCUGUAUGCAUGUCGAUUGCUGGAUUGCGGUCUGUUCUCACAGGCCUUCCAUUACUGUGAGCUUGUAGCCAAAGCUCUGCUCACAAUACAAGAGCCACACAUCAUACUGCUACAGGAAGUUAUCAAGAUGGUGGACAGACUUAAACACUCUGAAACACAGAUCUGUGUGACAGGCGCUGAUCCAGACUGGCUGUCUCUCCUACGUCAGCGUCUACGGGACCUGCAGAUGGGGAACUUCGGAAGUAAUGGUUUGUACAUGUCAGCUGCUGAAGGCACUGCUUGGGACCAAGAGGAGAACAGGGAGUGUGCAGAUCUUAACCGAGAUGAACUUUCCACCAGUGAGAUGAUCCACACUUCUCUUAUAGAGGACAGUCAUAACAGUUCAGGAAAUGUCCAUUACAAUCAGUCUCAGUUUGCAACACAUCCCCAUUCCUCCUACCCCUCAGACGUACAGUCUUACACCACGUACUCCCUUGCAGAACAUUCCUACAUGUCUUACCCAUCAGAGGAAGGGUCUUACAUCCCAGAAACUCAAACAUGUGCUCCUAAAGAACAGGUUCCUCAAAUCUAUGCUCCAGUCCCCAUGUAUUCCCAGCAGAAUCUGGUCUCUUCUGAACUCCCACCAAUUCAUGCAGUUCAGGAUGGUGUUACUCAUUCUGACACAACAUACCAUCAGACUGUUUCCAGUUUGGAUCCAAGGAGCAGCAAUAAUACAGAUGGUGAUUUCUCCACUGGUAAAAACAUGAUGGGUGCUCCUGAAAAUGGAUCUGCUCUUGGGAGUGCUGAUCUGGGCAUAACAACCCCUACCAAGGCUAAUAGAAAGGAAACCACCAGUCAGAAAUCUGAAACGGAACCAAAGUCAGGCUGGUUUAGCGGAUGGUUCAAGUCAAAGCCUAAAGAAACUCCAGAGGACCAAUAUGAACAAACCAAACCUGCUCUCAUGGAGUCAACACCCAUUCCUCCCUUCCCUGCACCACCAAAGGUUUCUUCCACCAUGCUGCCAUCACAGACCCAAGCUGCUAGUAUCAAUCCCUUUUCUCGGAGAGCUGGUCAGAAGCCAGGUGCAGCUGUGGGCCAGAGUCCCUAAUUCAGUUCUGCACAUGGGGCUGUUUCCUUCAUGGCAGGCUUGCAGGUGGUGUCAACCUCCUGAGUCUGGAUCAUAGCAUCUCAAAAUUCAACAUCAAACAGAAACCCAAGGGACCCCAAAGGAACCAGAAAUCAUGGUCAUCACCAAAUAUUUUUUGGAGAGACUAAUUAUUUGUGCCAUUUGAGAUGCUGCAGAAGUGAAUUUGAGGGCUUAGACUAUGCUGUCUUUCACUGAAGAAAUUGAACAGCUGAGAGCUGGAUGACCAAAAAUAAAUGGAAGUCAAUCGAAUGCUUUUGUUAACUCUUGAACACUCUUCUGUUCUCUUGCAUACAUUUGGAAAGGAAUCGUGAUCCUUAGCAGUUCAACUUGGAUUUAGGAAGUGUGAAAAGCCUACUUCCUUUAUGGGUACCAACAGUUUGGGAACAAAUUUAUUAUACAUUGAUAUUUUGCCAUUAAAACAGGUUUCUGAUAUAACAGUAUUCACUCUAUAAGGGAUUCUUUUAAAUUACUACAGUUAGGUGGGUAAUUUUUGGUUUUGGUUAUUAAGGUUUUGGAUCAAAUUAUAUGAAUAUAUAAAAUAAUGUGUAUAAAAUCAUAUGUGUAUAACAUCAUAAUUGUCACUAUUAUACCACCUCCACAAAGCCACAUUAUAAUUACAUUGCGCUUGUCAGCUGUUCAGUUUAUGGCAAUAUCUUAGCAAGAUAUUAAUAGUUUUGUAAAUAAUGUUUGGUGAACAUGUUGACUGAGUGUAUCAAAGCAAUUGUUUAUUAAAUGUAUCCAAUUACUAUUUGUAUUAUCAGAAUAUCUUGGAUUUGUAAAUUAAUUCACUGUAUGUUUGUUUUAUACUGUAUGUGUUGAACAGUUGAUGUACUAUUACAGAAAGUUAUAGUAUUUUCUCUUGCACUAAGACAGUUAAUGUCACACAGUAUUACAUUUGGCUUUGGAUAAUGGGAGUAAAUAUAAGGAAAGGACUGCAUGUUAUGUGCCUUAGACUGGUACGAUAUUGAGCACCAUGAGAGUGACUGUGGGCAUAAUUUACAUUCCUCAAGGAAUUUUCCAAUUAGGACAACAGAAUUCGACAAGAUAGAUGAUGGCUCCUUUUACCAUGAGUCUGCACAGCGGGAUUCAGCUGGGGCCAAAUGUCAGACAGACUGAGCGAGAGAGAGAGAGGGGAAAAUAUUCUGUCGACAGACAAUCACUCUGCUUUAUGUUAAACAUGUAAACAAUCAAAAGAUGAAUCCACUGAUGAUUUUUUUUUAUUUACAUGUAUUUUAGCAUUGAAAGAAUACAAAUGAUGUUACUUCUGUGUAGCCCAAUAUCAUUGAAGUGCCUUCAAAGUUUUUAACAUGCACCUUCUUGAUUUUGUUUGUGACACUGCAGGUGAUUAAAUUCUAAUAAAACACAUGAAACACAA